UACAGACCGUCACUCUCUGAGCAAAAGUUUCAUUAUCAUUAAGGUCGGGCUGUGUGUGUGGAGGAGGUGGGCGGGUGAGAGGGAGAGAGAGAGAGAGGACUGAGGAGUCCGUGGAGAAGCGGCCGGGAGGGUGGAGGGGCAGAUCUCAGGCAGAAAGCAGGAGGCGCUGCUUGCAGUCAGAAAGAUGCUGCUCUGACAUGCGGACCCCCAACGAUCCUGACCGCGACACUACGCUUCUACGUGCCCGCCUGACCACAGAUAAACCAGCUGACACUCUUUUCUUCUCUUGAGUCUCUCUUCUCUGCACUGGGUUUGUUGCCAUGCCGCCGGCCGCCUGCUCGGUCGUGUUGCCCGCGGUGCUGUGGAUCGGGCUGCUGUGGAGCAGCGUCUCAACAGCAGAUAAAGAAGUCUCCACAAUAAUGCCCUCUGCCAGGUCUCCAGUAUUGCCAUCAAGGAGCACAAAGCAAGGCAGCCCCAAAGAAAAAAACUCUAGUGCCAUGACUGGUGGUUUGCAACAAUCAGUGCUGGCUCAAAAAGGACAACUGGUUUCCCAGAAAGGGGGCAUCCUCCCUUCUGCUCUGCCACAGAACCUGCUACCUCUUUUGGGCAGAGGACUUUCCAUCAAUCAUACCCCGGAGCAUCAAGGCAGAGGAUUACCGAGGCGGGUAAAGUCCCCUGCAUCAACUGCAGCAUCAGGGCAAGGCAGCAGUCCAACUCAGCCACUUCCUACAGAUGCACAUUCUCGGAUGCCUCACACAGAGAGGCACACCCCUGUGCAGGAGGCUGAGAUCACCACUGUGAGCAUGAGGCCAGACCUUGACGCAGAGAUAGAAUCAACUUCAGCAGCUGCAUCCAGCUGCAUGGUGAUUUUUACUGAUCCAGAAGGAUACAUUGACUCCUCUGAUGACCCUCCUCUUCCAGACGGUACCUUCCUACGCUGUACCUACACUGUGACUGUGUACACUGGCUAUGGAGUCGAGCUGCAGGUGAAGAGCGUGAACCUUUCAGAUGGAGAACAACUGUCUAUCACAGGUGUUGAUGAACACGGUUCUUUGCUGGUCUUGGCCAACCAUACACUGCUUGUUGAAGGUCAGGUGAUCCGCAGUCCCACUAACACUCUCUCUGUCUACUACUGCUCUGGACUGGAGGGAAGCAUGGGUAUCUUCCAGCUGCACUAUCAAAUCUUCAGGCUGAGUUGCUCCCUGCCAAAGAGACCUCAUUUCGGAGAUGUAUCUGUACUGGACCUGCUCCCUGGAGGGACUGCGCGCUUUCACUGCCACAUGGGUUACCACCUGCGUGGGGAACCACUGCUUACCUGCCUUAAUGCCUCCUUGCCAGUUUGGAGUGAUAAGGAGCCUGUGUGCAGGGCUCUUUGUGGGGGAACAGUAAAGAAUGCUACAGUGGGACGAGUGCUCUCCCCAUCUCCCCAUCAUGGCCCUAAUGCCACCUUGGAUCGCUCCUGCUCCUGGUCCCUUGAAGCACCCAAAGACCAGAGGCUGCAUCUCCACCUGGAGAGACUGGCCUUGGGACCAACUGACAGGUUGGUGUUGUGGAGUGGGCUGGACGCUGGCUCUGUGGUGCUGUUUGAUUCAGGUCGGGGGGGUCAGAUACCCUUUGAAGGAGUGAUCAGCGAAGGUCCAGCUGUAAGAAUCCAGUUCAUCACGGAUCAGCCCAACCACAACACAGGAUUCAAUAUCCGCUAUGAAGCUUUCGAACGCGGCCACUGUUACGAGCCAUAUCUUCAGAAUGGAAACUUCACCACCUCCGACCCUCUGUAUGGAGUUGGAACAGUGGUUCAGUUUACUUGUGAUCCAGGCCACUCCUUAGAGCAAGGUCCCCCUGUGAUUGAAUGCAUCAGUGCCAGAGAUCCAUACUGGAAUGACACUGAGCCUCUGUGCAAAGCACAGUGUGGAGGUGAUUUGUCGGGUCCAGGAGGGUUAAUUUUGUCUCCAAACUGGCCAGAAUGGUAUGGAGAAGGAGAGGACUGCAGCUGGAGGAUACAUGUUGGCGAGGACAAGCGAGUGCUGCUUGAUGUACAACUACUCAACAUCAGUGACAGUGACAUGCUGACGAUCACCGAUGGAGAUGAGGUCACAACUCGUAUUCUGGGACGCUAUGUUGGAGGCAGCAGCCCCUUCAAGCUUUCCUCAACGACCCCUGAUCUGACUGUGACCUUCCAUUCUGACCCGGCGGGGCUUGUCUUCGGCAAGGGGGAAGGCUUUAUUAUCAACUAUAUAGAGGUGUCUCGAAACGACUCUUGUCCAGAUCUGCCUGAGAUCCAGAAUGGCUGGAAGACAACAUCCCAUGUUGCACUUGUGCGAGGGGCUUGUAUAACCUACCAGUGCGAUCCUGGUUAUGACCUGGUGGGGCGAGAGACUCUCACCUGUCAGCUGGAUCUUUCCUGGAGCUCACAACCCCCAUUCUGUGAAAAAAUCAUGUACUGUUCAGAUCCUGGCCAUGUUGAGCAUGCUACCAGAACCCUGUCUGACCCGAAACUCCUAGUGGGGACAACCAUUCAGUAUAGCUGCAACACAGGCUUCAUCCUACAGGGCGGCGCCACUAUCACAUGCUAUGGACGUGAGCCAGGAACGCCUGUGUGGACAUCUCAUCUGCCUCACUGUGUCUCUGAGGAUUCUGUUUCCUGUGAAAACCCCGGUCUCCCUGACAACGGCUACCAGAUCCUGUCCAAGAGACUUUACCUGCCUGGCGAGUCCCUAACCUUUGUCUGUUACCAAGGUUACGAGCUCAUAGGAGAGGUUGCAAUUAAAUGCAUCCUUGGAAAUCCUUCUUUUUGGAGCGGCCCACUUCCACUCUGCAGGGCCAACCAAGACUGCUUUGGCAACCAUGCUUUGGAAGUUGCAGAAGCGACUGCAGGUUCCCCUUUGGAUGGAGGAAACAUAGCACUGGCCAUUUUCAUCCUCAUUCUGUUGCUGUCUGUGCUGCUGGGAGGAGUCUACGUCUAUGUCACUCGGUGCAGAUAUAACUCCAACUUAAGGCUGCCUCUUAUCUACCCUCACCCUUACCGACAGAUCACUGUGGAGACAGAGUUUGACAACCCGCUCUAUGAAACAGGAGGACAGGACACUCGAGAGUAUGAAGUAUCGAUAUGAGAAUCUUCUCAAAAGAUAUUUGUGAAGCGUGACAAGACUGACCGCCCUGACCUAACUCCUCACACUCUCCUCUCUCGCUUCUCCACCCAGGAGGAGGCGAUGUAAAUACAAAUAAUGAUGUCCAGCCCCUUCUGCAUUGAUGGAUCCUGUUCUCUCCUUCUCUGAUGUGACAGCUUUUGUAGACAUUAUGGGAAUUAUGAGAGGUUACUUGAACCAAAAAGGAGAAAGACAAUUGAUAGUCAGCAACUAACCAGUCUACCAGUCUGGGAAAAGUUGAAUGAUAGAGGAAAUGGGGAAAAGGCCCAAAUAACAUCUGAGAACAUCAAACAUGGGUCAUUUUCACACAUGUACUGCAGUUCCUAACUUUUCUAGAUAAUACCUAAUUGAGGUCCGAGAGUUGGAUUGAACAUUAGGCAGCCAUUAACUUGCCAGCUGCCUAGUCUGUGUGAUAGCAGGACUAGUGCACCCACUAGUGCAAGUAAAUGCACGAGUGUGUGUCGUAUGUGCUGCCUAAUGCACACACAAUACAAGCAACUUUCUCACCUAAAACACAUGAAUCAUUUUCCAGAAAAACAAAUUCCUCUGAAGUAUUUCUUGUUGUGUAUUACAUAUAAGGAAAAAUAUGGAAAAUAUUCCAGUUAGGUUCUUGUGAAAUUGUCUGAAGUUCAUGUGUGAAAAUGGCUAUUGUGGGAAAUGAAGGAGGGAGGGAUAGGAAAUGAGAGAAAUGUGGGUAUCAAAGCACUUUUUAGUAUAUUUUUCUUGAGAGGUGAAGUUAUAAUCCUUAAGAUUUAACAGAUUUUUGAAACUAUUUAUCAUGAUUUUUUUCUGCGGUAGUCUUUGAAUAGUCUCAAAUUCUGUAAUUCUGUAAUCUCUAUACAUUAAUUACCAGGUCCAGGCAGCAUUCAAAUUGUCUUUACACAAAGAAGAUAUUCACAUAAAUCAAGACUCACAAGUAUGCACAGCAGAGUGCUGUAUCAUUAAUCAAAUAUCCACUUAAAUGUUGAGAAAUUUCCAGAAAAUCUGCAAAGGAUCCACCUUAUUUUGUAAAUAUAAAGAGCUGGUUUAUAGAGGUUAGCAGUUUUGUUUUGUGUUCCUCUCACUGCAGAAGAACAGUUAAUGUGAAAAACAUCUCUAAUGUAUUUAUAAGUUCCUUUUCUGUACCAGAUUAAGCUUAAUGUUUAUACUCUGAAACGCUGUUGAGCUAGUUUCAGUUUGAAGACUCCAGUUUUAAAAACUGAGACUUGUGACUGUGAAACAAUGAAGCACAUAUGGCUGCCACCUAGAGACUACUUAUAUAUUUGAAAUCACACAAGUAUGUCUUUCAUUCUUCUUCUGUUGGUACUCUUUUCCCGUUGCCAUGCUUCCUCAGGAUAUGGAUAAUGCUAACAUUACCAUUGCAUUUACUUUACGAUUAAUUCCUAUCUGUGUUUAAGCAACUUUGACUGAUUAGCACUUGUGUGCUAUUUUCAGUAAAAAUUUACCUCAGCGCACGUAUGAUCAGUGUACAUGAAUAGUCAUUGUGAUAUGCAGGUUUGUUUGUAUAGACACAGGCCGUUUCAGAAACUGGAUAAAAACAGCAUUUCAGAAAACAUUUUUUUUUACCUGUUGUGUAGUUGUAAGCUAGCCUUCUAUUAAGUUCCUGUUAAAUUCAGCCUUUGACUGAAUUCUGCAGAAACUCCAAGAAGCAUUUUUUAUGUUAUUUCCAUAAAGUCUCUCUGCUUUUUUCUUUUCAUCUUUGUAUGUUUAUGAUUCAGGAUUUCGUAUACAGUGGUCUCCAAAAGUAUGCUAACAGUACGGUAAAAUUUCACUUUACUUUAGCAUCCAUUUUUAUCACAUCAUGCAAGCACACCAGCUUAAUGGAUACAGAACUUCUGCAGAAUAAGAAACAAUAAUAUGAACAUUUUCAAACAGAAUUUAUAGUGACAACUUGUUUCAGAUGUACCUCAGAUGUUGGUGCCCAGUGCCCAAUGGAGCUGUGUGGUACAGCCCAUCUGAUAAGUGUGGAUAUUUUCAGUAAGGUUAUACUAUAUAAUUAGUCUAUUACUUAACACUAGUUAGCUGAUAUUUGUGUCUUUGUAUUGUACACAUACACUUUAGGAAAACAACAUGCUAAGCAUGCUCACUAGCAUUACAAAUUAUUUUAUGGCAACACUGAUCUUACUUAAUACAUCUAUGGUCUGGUAAAAGCGCCGUUUGUUAUUACUAUGGUAAACACAAGUGUUCUUAAAUUACCCAGGACUGAAAUCUUAAGGAUUACAACUUCUAAAAUGUCAUAUAGAAUGCUAAAGGUGGGUUUAUUUCACAUAUCCAUUUCAUAUUCACAUUCAUGAGUCAUGAAAAGUCCUGUCUUUUCGUAAACUGGAAAUCAAUAUUUAGAAAAAAGUAAAGGUCAGUGCUUUCUUUUAUUUGUUACCCAGUCUGACACAGGAUUUGCAGUACUGUUGUUAUAUUUCUCUCACAUGUAGUUCAAUUGAUGGACUGUAACAGACUGGCCUCAGUAUUGCUGGGUCUGGACUAGCAGCGUAAAUAGUGUAGCUGUAGUUAACUUAUUGGUCUUCUGGUACAAGCUCAGCAAACCAACCAGAUGAUGUAUUUAUUUUGAUGUACUGUACAUGUGAUGUUUUAUGCGGAUGGAUAAAUGUACAUUUUCGUUAUGAGAAUACAAAUGUUAACAGUUUCCCUAAAUAAACGGUAAAACCUUAAAAA